AUGGAGGCCGCAGCCCAAGCUGGAGCAACAUACGAGACCGCCGAAGACACGGUCAAGAGAGAUGUCGGCGUCUUUUCAACUGAGCGCGACGAUGACUCGUCUCAAAAAGCCGAGGCACCCGUCAGAACCGCCGGAAAGCUCGAUGUCCUCGUCCAGGGCGUUGCUCUAUUUUCGGACGGAUACAACAUCCAGAUCAUCGGGUACAUGAACACUGUCCUGGCGAAGCUCUACCCGAAGCAAAUGACCAACACCAUCAAGACCAGGCUCUCCAACUCAAUCCUGGUUGGUGACAUCUUUGGCAUGCUGAUCUUCGGACUCUGCAUCGACAAGUUCGGUCGAAGAGUGGGCAUCAUCCUCACGACUCUCUUCCUCGUUCUCAUAAUUGUCAUUGCAACUGCAGCUCACGGAACGUCCGUCGAAGGCAUGUUCUGGAUGAUGGUCAUUGGCCGUGGCGUCGCAGGUGUUGGUGCUGGUGGCGAAUACACCGUCUGCACUUCCCAGGCGCUGGAAUGCGCCGACAGUACCGAGGCGAUGAGAAGGCGACGCGGUAUGCUGGUUGCCGUUUCCACCAACGCCGCCAUCAUCUCCGGGUUUGUCGGGUCCAGCACCGUCUCCCUGAUUGUAAUUGCGGCGUACAACGGCGAGGCCAGUGAUGGCAUCUGGCGCAUCUGCUUCGGCAUCGGCAUCUUCGUAAGCUCACCCACCUCAUCCCAACCACUGUCCUCUGUUUUCAGGGGAAUCCCUUGUAGUCAGUUCCUCUACGACGCGGUCGUCUACCCCUUCAACCUGCUAGCCCCGACACUCGUGUCCGGCUUCUCCUCCCAGCAGACCAUGAUCGAGUCCAUCGGCUGGUCGGCCCUGAUCAACGCCUUCGCCCUCCCGGGCGCCUUCAUCGGCGCCCUUGUGAUGGACCGCCUCGGACGCCGCCAGACGUACGCCCUCGGGUGGGCCAUCGUCUGCGUGUUCGGGUUCGCCAUCGGCGGCAGCAUAAUCCAGCUAAACAACGUCUUCCUGCUCUUCGUCACGCUCUACAGCCUCUUCCAGACUUUCCUGUCUGUCAGGCCCGGGGACUGCAACUUCCUUGUCUCAAGCAAGUCGUUCCCCACGCCGCUGCAGGGCCACUUCCCCGGCUUCGCGGCGGCUGUCGGGAAGGCCGGAGCCGCGAUCGGCACGACGGCGCUCAGCGCGGCGCUGGCGAGUUACGAUGAUCGACUGAAGGGGCAACAGGCCAUAUUCCUCAUCGGCAGCGGCAUCUCGGUCGUCGGCACCCUCUGUGUCUGGUUUCUCAUUCCCGACGCACCCAAGCACCUGGAAGAUGAAGACGUCCGAUUCAAGAAGUAUCUCAAGGCGAAUGGCUACAACACUAGUCAGAUGGGACUGAAAGCAUGA